AUGGUAGCUCCUCCCGCCACUGCUUUGACGACGCCGUGGCCCGUGACCAACCACUCCACCAAUAUACGGAUUCAAGGCAACGACUCCCCGGGCCAUUCUCACCUGGGUGCUGGCCCAUCCGGCCUAGUUGCAGCCAAGUCUCUUCUUCACGACCAGCCCAGGGGGACCUUCCAUGUCACCAUCUUCGAAGCCCAGGACCGUCUAGGUGGUCUUUGGCCCUCGAAAAAGGAUGACCACGCCGCUCUUGUUCACCCGCUCAUGGUAGCUAACCAGAGCAAACACACGGUCCAGUUCAGCGACUUGGCCUGGCCCGACGACGCCCCCGAAUUUCCCAGAGCUUGGCAUAUUGGACGCUAUCUCGAGAGAUACCAUGAUCGAUACUGCCGGGACGCCAAACUCCACCUUGGCGAGCGCGUGCUUCACUCUGAGCUGCUUCAACCGUCCGACCAAAGCGCCGAGGGAGCCAAGUGGAAGGUCAGGACAUGUGGUCAAGAUGGCCAACAGGUCGAUCAUACGUUUGACUACCUGCUUGUCGCAUCUGGUUUCUUCGGCAAGCCAGUGAUACCUCCACCAGUGGCCGCCAGUCGUCAUGUCCCGGUUGUCCACAGCAGUCAGUACAGGACUCUCGGCGCCUUACUCAAGCGGGCGACAGGCGUAGGGCACAAGAUUGUGGUAGUUGGAGGCCAAAUGUCAGGUGUCGAGAUAGCUGGGACUGUCGCAACCCAUCUUUCCUCGGCACAGCACUCGCCUGGUCCAAGCCCUGUUCAGAACGUGGACAAGUACUCGGUCCACCAUGUUUCCCAAAGGCCUGCCUGGCCUGCCUCGCCCGCACCGCCAUUCUUGCCCAUGGAUCUUUGCUCAUACAACCUAGCCAACCGAACCGAUAAUUUAACCAAUAUGCAAGGCCAUGUCUCGACAGAGGCAGCAAAGGCACUCCAUUCAAUCUACGAAACGAUGCUGGGGACUGACCAGUCCGACUUCUCCCCCAAUCUGGCCAUCGCAAACACCGACAUGGGCAAACCUCCUUACCUGGCCGUUAGUGACACUUACGCAGACUUUGUCCGCACCGGGCUCAUAUCGGUGUCGUAUGGAAAAGUAGACUCUCUGACCGGUAGUACUGUUACCGUCACAACAGCUCGGGGAGAGGUAAGCAAGAUCAACGACGUUGCGGCAGUAGUGCUAGCAACUGGCUUCGAGUCAGCAUCAUCCAUCUCUUUCCUACCAUCCUCUGUCCGAGAGACUCUGUCGGUGCUGCCGUUUGACCUGAACAAUACUGUUGCCUUGGCCUUUCAUGGUACCCAUCAUCCAGCAAUUCCCUCCUUGGGAUUUGUGGGUUUCUACCGAUCACCUUAUUGGGGUGUCAUGGAGAUGCAAGCCCGCUUUGUCACAGCUUUAUGGGCGGCCGGAGGACCUACUUCUUCGUCACUUCCUCCCAAGAUGGCCGCCGCCCUUGAAAAAGACGAUUCCAUUGAGCGGACUUUGACUCUGCGAACUGAUCCUCAGGUUUCUCAAUUUCCCAUGGGCGAUUACCCAUGGCUCAUGCAAGAGUUUUCGAGGGCUCUGGAAAUUGAGCGCAUACCACCGUUGGGGAAGAUGCCUAGAGUUCCACCAGCUGACAAAAGCAUGGACAUCCUGACACCAGCACGCUAUCCGGCUAAGCGAUCAACUGAAGCACAGCGCACAGAAGUCACAAAGUCCAUUCAGCAGACUGAAAGCACAGCAUGGUCUGGUGUUUCCUCGGCAAGGUUUGUUGCAAAAGCCGUCUUCCGUUCCCUCUUGGGCGAGUGGAAGCUUGAGAGGGAUCUUGUGAGUCGUCUUCCCACUCACCCAAGCGGCCAUUUUAGCGGUACUGCCAGGUUCCUACUCAGGGAACGUACAAGAGAUGGACGUGAAGCAGAGCACGAUGCUGCUUCGGAAAGGGGUGACCACGUUGGGUUGGAGUAUCUCUACAUUGAGGAAGGCAUGUUCGCUGCUUCCAACGGCUUCUCUUUCCGUGCAACAAGGAGAUAUGUCUGGAGGUAUGAUGAAAGGAAGGACACGUUGAGCGUCUGGUUCGUCAAGACGGACGAUCAAAAGAGGGCUGAUUAUCUGUUUCACCAAGUGGAGUUCAUCAUUCCGGACACGGAAACCGAGGGUGCAUCCCAAGCAUGGCGAGCAAAUGCUGGCCAUCUAUGCAUCGAUGACUUCUACGACGUCGACUACCGCUUCAACUUCAAGGCCGUCAACCUCAAGGAUUGGUCUCUAGCCUACCGAGUCAAGGGACCGAAGAAAGACUAUACGAUUGAGGGGACAUACACACGGUGA